AUGGUCACUUCUAUUGCUUCGCAAGGUUGUGCCUCACUAGAGCGUGCGACCGCGCGGCAAGGGCCGUCCAUCGGACAGUGGCUGGAUUUUCCGGGCUACUCAUUAGCACGCACCGUAGCACCUCUAGGGCAGAUGUACUGGGUAUUGAUUGACUGUGAGCAUGGGGACAUCGAUGACAAGGCCAUGUACCUGCAGGUCGGAGCCUCAGCUGGGAUGUCACCCAUCGGGCGUAUUCCGGCCUCGGAGCCCUGGAUGAUGAAGUGCGCCUUGGACUGCGGCGCCCACGCAACAAUGGUGCCUAUGUGUGUGACCAAGGUCCGUCAAAUGCCCGAACAAGCCGAGGCUAUUGUACGAGGGUGCAAUUACCCCUCUUCGCAGUGGCCCCAGGGGUUGCGGGGUGCAGGUGCUAUGUUUGCCCCGGCUGCCUUCAAUCAGAGCGGGCGAGAAUACCUUACUCACGCCAACAACAAUGUGGUCAUUAUCGUGCAGAUUGAAUCGCGGAUGGCAGUCGAGAAUUGUGCUGCCAUUGCAGCAGUUCCAGGCAUCGACAUGCUCUUUGUUGGGCCCAAUGACCUGGCCUCAUCCCUGGGGUACUUUGCCUUGGACCACGCCCAGAUUCCUGAGGCCCAGGAGGCCACGAAUCGCGGUUUUGAUUUUUUCAACUCUGGAGCGGACAUUGUCGCCUUGACUUCCUGGAUGUUGGCAGAACUGACCAGGUUGGGCCGACUCACACAAAUUAGCGCUGCAAAACCGAGCCCUCAGUAA